AUGGCUGAGAAUGGGGAACCUUUGAUUCCAUGCAAGACAAUCAUUUGGUGCCCGACAUUCACUCCUCCAGCUUCCAAUAUGCUGCCACCAGAUGAUCCCUUCAGCAACUCUCUCAAGCUCGUGCUUGAGGCCAAUUACCAUCCGUUCGCUAUCAAACAACCUCAACGCGCAAAACCCGUAGACGCUUCCUCUUCCCCAUUGACGUUCUAUGACAGACACAUCAGCUCAAAGCUGACGCUGAAACGCAUUGUCCUGCUUCCCUCUAUUCCCAAGUCUCUCUCUGGAAUUUGCGAACAUACGUUACAAACCUUCACCCACUGGAACUGCCAUACAUUCUCUUCGUAUGAAUCCGCGUUGUUCCAGGUCACCAAUGGAAUUCUUCAUGACGCGUUUCAGGUUGCCGACUACUAUCAGACGGAGUUCGGCCAAAUUUGCCAAAAAUUUGCCUCCAAGCUCCUUGUAACUCCUAGUUUGCAGGACUGGCACUCAGUUUUCACGUUCCAACUCAACAAAGAUCAUCGGCCGGGGGAAUAUCUGACUGAUUCCUGGCUCAAAGUUCUGUACGACCCCGCGCGGGAUGUUUGCCUUUUUUCUCAGGAACUCCAGAAACAGCUGAACCAGCCAGUGAAAGACCGGCUCAGGGAUCUUGCCAUGAAGUACCCAAGGCUAGCCGAUUGGCACAUGUUCGCAAUGUCGCUUACAACUGACAGGUUAUUUCAGGGUAUGUUUAGAAACCCCACCUCGGGCAAGGAACUCCCCUUCGUAUGGGAAUCAUCCCAGACGAAAACUUCUCAGCAAGAAGACCACACUCACCAGCCAGCGGAAGUUGAUGAAGCAGUUUUGAAAUCCAUGUUGCCCAAACGCGCCGAUAGCAAACCUGAAAAGCAGACGACACAACUCCGACCCAAAAAGUCCUCACGCUUCCCUCGCACGCGGGUUAGACUGGGACGCCCUGCAACGCACAGCUAUCGACUAGUUUCGCCGCUUUUUCUUCAACACGGAUGGUCGCAGGCCACUUUUGACGAUUGCUCUUUCAUAAUCUUUAAUUGCGGUCGUUGGGAACGCAUUGGCAUUCGUCAUCGGGCAACACAAACACUAUAUCUUCCCGGUUUAAUCAACCCUGCUCGCAUUCAAGGUCCUCACUAUCGCAAAAUGCAUUUAGGACUUCAUAUUGCCAUCGUUCAAGAUGCGUUUGCUCGUCAACAAAUCUCCAAUGAGCUCACCCUCAAAGAAGGCCGAAAGCGGUCAAUAGAACCAAGCCCCUCGAACGACGAAGAGCCACAACCGAAACGCCAACGGAGGACUCGAUUUCCAUCGACUACCAGCGAAAUCGCACGGGAGUCCAGAUCAAGCUGCCACCCUGCUUUCUACCCCUCUUAUGUGGAGGAGAAGUUCAAGACCACUUACGACUUGUCUGAAUGCGUCUCUCUUGUCCUUGGUGCGCCCUUGGGCCAAGGCGCAGUUGGCGUUGUCCACUCGGCUUCCCUUGAAGUCGGACUUGAAUCUGGGGAGGAAUUCGACAUCUACUCCGGUUUGGUUAACAAGAAAGCUACUAAAGGGAUAUUGACCGUUCACGGCCUAUUUGAAGACACGGAAAUUGGGGCGUUGGUGCUUGUCAUGGAGAACGGCGGUCAAACGUUACGACAGCGAGAGAAAGAACGGCUGAACGCCAUCCAGGCGGAACAAGUGACAACGCCUGAAGAACGGUGA